CAGAUCAGAAUAGAAACCAAACUCUUUGCUGUUAUACUCACGCCGCUGAGGCACUACACAAACAGUUGAGAAAAAUCUCUCUCUCUCUCUCUCUCUCUCUCUCUCUCUCUCUCUCUCUCUCUCCAUACCUUUGGGUUUCUUAUCUUUGUUUUUGGCAAUGGAGGGUCCUUCUGUUAUCUCAGUGACAUACAAUCUUUAGCUUUUCUAGUCUCUGAAUUCAGGUUCACUAUUCUUGAUCUGGGUCACCAUAUUUUUUUUCUUCUAAUUUUGCUGGUUCAAAGCUAUUCUUGGUUUUUUUGAACACGCCAUCAAAUGGGUUUGACUGGUUUCUUCAAAUGAGUCUUUUGAGGGCGUUCAGCUAUUCUCACAGACUGGUCGUGGAGGAGGCAUAUAUAGCUUCUAGACCCUGUUAGGAGUACUAAAGAAACAUUUUAGGGCCUCGACUUUUUCACAGACUGCGUUCAAAUUUAGAUUUGCUGAUGGUUCUGCUUUAAGUUUGAGAAACUUCAUCACUGUGUGCAUCAGUGUUUAAGCAGGUAUUUCAAGUGCAACUUUACUGAAGUCACAGGUCCUUAAGCCAUGGUUCGAGGUAGAGGGAAAGGGAAGAAACUGACUGUGAGUGACCAUGAUGAUCCAGGAAGCGACGAGGAAGAGAAAAUCCCUGCACAGAAGAGACGGGGAAGGCCACAAAAGUCGCUUAAAGAUGACAUUGAUGAAGUAGCUGAAAUAAUAGAAGAGGAGGAUGCCGAGGAUGAAAAAACUGGAAUUCCAAACUUAGAGAUAAAAAGUUCUAAUGCAUUGGAGAAUGGAAAGAAGAGGAAACGGAAUACGAGGUUGAAGAAAAAACACGAUUCAGCAGAAGAGGAAAAUGGUAAUGGAACUAAAUCAAGCACUGAUGAGUCUACUCGAUCCAAUGGUUUUCGUCAUAAUAGGCAUAGGCGGAAAAACAAGCCUCGUCGUGCUGCAGAAGCUGGUGUUGAGUGCAAAUGAAAUGGAUUUUUGUUCCCUUUAUGGUGACAGAUGCCUCCUUUGACCUUGUAAAUUCCGCUUAAAUUUCCUCGCAUUUUCUUUAUUGCUUCUCAGUUUGGUGAUUUGUUAUAUUGACAUUUCUUGACAUUGUAGGUCUUGAGAGUGGAAAGUUAAUUAUACCAAGUGCAUUUUCAGCCUUAAUAAUACGUUUGUUGAUAAUUCAUA